GAUUCCAGAACGGACCGUCUGGUUAAACACCGGCGCCCCCAUGCCACUUCUGGGCCUCGGCACCUUCCGUCUCAAGGGGGACGAGGCCGUGCGGGCCAGCCUGGAUGCGGCCCUGGAGAACGGCUACCGCUUGGUGGACACGGCUGCCGUCUACGGCAACGAAGCCGCGCUCGGGCGGGCCCUGAAGGAUUCGCUGCCUCGCCACCGUAUUGCUCGCGAGGACGUUUUUCUGACCAGCAAGCUGAGCCCGAGAGACCACGGAGAAGAAGCCGCCCACAGGGCUUGCCUCCACAGCUUACAAGAGCUAGACACUGAUUACCUGGAUCUGUACCUGAUCCACUGGCCGGGCACUCAAGGCCAGCCUCAGGACGACGCCGGGAACCCGGAACGCCGUCUGCAGAGUUGGCGCGCCCUGGAACGCUUGCACGAAGCCGGCAAGCUCCGGGCGAUUGGCGUCUCCAACUACACCGUCCGCCACCUUCAGGAACUGCUGGACAACUGCCGGGUGACGCCCGCCGUGCUGCAGGUGGAAUUCCACCCCGAACUCGCCCAGACGGAGCUGCUGGAAUUUUGCACCCGGAAGGGCAUCCAUUUGCAAGCUUAUUCCUCGCUGGGGACCGGACCGCUGGUAGAGCAUCCUGAAAUACGGGCUGUAGCUCAGCGGCGUGGUCGCAUGGGCGCCCAGGUCUUGCUACGUUGGGCUCUGCACCAAGGCGUCAGCGUGAUUCCCAAGUCGGCGUCGCCACGCCGCGUAGCUGAAAACGGCCAGCUGUGGUCAUGGGACUUGAGUCCAACCGACGUGGAACAGCUACGACAUCUGGAUUCCGGGAAACGGUACUGUUGGGAUCCCACUGGGGUCGUGUAAGAAGCCAGCUUCCACCGGGAUUCUUCCAACUCUUGAGAAGGUCACCCUGUUCACGAAGUCGAUUUCCCAUUUCAACGCUUGUUGUCUUAUCAAGUCCCAACGCUGGUGGUUUUAAUUGUUGGUUGAGUGCCUUACCCAAAACUGAGUCAUUUAGGGCUGAGUCAGCCCUAAAUUAGCCAGGUUUAGGAAUGUCAGGCUAUUUUAGUUGCUCGUUUUUUUGGGGGGGGGGGGUAUCCCAGCCUCCCAGCCAGCUGCGAGAUUGUGGGGUGAAAAAACUGGAA